AUGCAAUCAACAUCUGGAAAUACUCAAAGACCUUCAUCAUCAAGACCAGCAUCUAGUACAACGAAAUCUUAUGCUCCACAAAAUCUUCCUGUCUAUGAUUAUGAUCUUGUUGUAGUUGGUGGCGGCUCAGGAGGUUUGGCAGCAGCAAAAGAAGCAGCAAAAUUAAAUAAAAAUGCUAAAGUAGCCUGCUUUGACUUCGUUACUCCAACAUAUCAUGGAACAAAAUGGGGUCUCGGCGGUACAUGUGUUAAUGUUGGUUGCAUUCCCAAAAAAUUAAUGCAUUAUGCUGGUAUACUUGGUAAUAUGCUUCAUCGUGAUGCAGCUGAAUUUGGUUGGAAAAAUGUUGAUAAUCGUCAACAUGAUUGGACAACAAUGCAAACAAUGAUUGGAAAUUACAUAAAAUCUCUUAAUUUUUCAUAUAAAGUUCAACUUCGUUCAGCUAAUGUUACAUAUUUAGAAGGUUUAGCACAAUUUAUUGAUGCACAUACUAUUGAAUGGAAAAGUUUAACAAAGAGUGGUCGUUUAACAUUUAAUAAAGCAAUUAUUGCAACCGGUGGUCGUCCAACAUACGGUGAUUUCCCUGGACGAGAAUUGUGUAUCAGUUCUGAUGAUGUUUUUUGGUUAAAAAAAAGUCCCGGUAAAACUCUUAUUAUUGGUGCAGCUUAUAUUGCACUUGAAUGCGCAUCUUUUCUUCAUCACCUUGGCAAUGAUGUUACUGUUAUGAUACGUUCAAGACCAUUACGUACAAUGGAUCAUCAAUGUGGUGAAAUGGUAUGUGAAUUAAUGGAACGUGAUGGAGUAAAAUUUAUAAUGCCAGCUAAUCCACGUUCAUUUUCUGCUGUCGAAAAACCGAAUAAAUUAGAAAAUGCUAAAGAAUGUCGACCUGGUGUUUGGGAACAUGGAAAAGAUGCUAAAGGAAAUGAUCAAUUUUUACAUGAAUCAGGAGCGAUUGAAGUUCAACAUGCUGAUGGAAAAAUAACAUGGAUUCAUCCAAAAGGAGAAAUUGAAGCUAAAUAUGAAUAUGCCGAUCAACGAAAAGGAAAAAUACACUCAGAAUAUUUUGAUACAGUUUUAUUGGCUAUUGGUAGAACAGCUAAUAUUGCUGGUCUUGAUCUUGAAAAAAUUGGUGUACAUGUUGUGAAUGGAAAAGUUCUUGUUGAUGAACGAGAACAAACUAGUUUACCGCAUAUCUAUGCAUUGGGUGAUGUAGCAACUGGUGUUAUUCAACAUGGUAAAGAUUUGUCACAUCAAGCGCAAGUUACUGUUGAGCGACCUGAAUUAACACCUGUUGCUAUUCAAGCUGGUCAAUAUUUAGCACGACGUAUAUGUAAUGUAUCGGAUAAAUUAAUGAAUUAUCGGAAUAUACCAUCAACAGUAUUUACAAGUCCAUCUGAAUACAGUUUUGUUGGUCUUCAUGAAGAACAAGCAAUGCGAUCACGUGAAGAUGGAGGUAUUGGUGCAGAAAAUGUACGUAUUUAUUGGUCACGGUUUGGUAAUUUAGAAAUAUCUCCAAUACAUGCACAUUUAAAAAUGCCACGUAGCGAAUGUUUCGUAGGAAAAAACUCUUGGGCACAACAAUAUGCAUUAAAAAAUAAUGUUGAUUGGCCUGAAGUAGCAUAUGAUUUAGAAAAUACAAAUUAUGUUUUAUUUAAUGAUGGUAUUGGUGGUCAAAAAAGUACAAUUGCACGUAUAAUAAAAAAAUAUCGUAAUGAACAAGCAAAUAAUAAAAUAACAUAUGAUAUUGAAAUUCAAAAUGAAGAAAAAACAAUUAUACAAGGUGUUACUGGUGAAAAAUUACAAUUACAAGAAGAACAAGAAUUAGAAAAAGCUGAAGUGUUUUAUAAAGCAAAUUGUUUAGCUAAACUAAUCUGUGAUAAAAGUCAAAAUGAUCGCGUAGUUGGCCUUCAUUUUAUGGGACCAAAUGCUGGUGAAGUUGUACAAGGUUUUGCAUUAGCUAUUAUGAUGGGCGCAACAAAACAACAAUUUGAUGAGCUUGUUGGUAUUCAUCCAACAGCUGCUGAAGAAUUUACUGUAUUAACUGUAACCAAAGAAUCUGAAGCAACAUUAUUGAAAGCGGCUGGUUGUGGUGGAGGUUCAUGUGGUUAA